GUCAAAGUUAAAAACGAGCUAGGAGUAUGACGCGAGAGUCAAAAUAUGAAAAGAUGGAAAAGAUAAACAUCAUUACAAUAAAGUUCAAUGAUAAAUUCAAAGUUGGAAACCAGCUAUGAGUACUACACAAAUGUUAAAACGUCUCCGGAUGGAAAGAUAAACAUUAUACAAAAUGACGAUAAGCGAAUCCAUGCAAGUAGAUUGAGAAAUUUCAUAAGAGCUAUCGUAUUUUCAUAAUCUUUUUUAAGAGCUAGAGUACGUUGUAGAAAAAAAAGUCCUUGAUACUCGCUAAAAGAGGCGGCAUUUGGUCUAUUCGGUUAAAACUGAACUACAAAUCGAGAUAGAGCGUGUUCAUGGACCGACAUCCGGCGAGCACAAAACUAACAAGUUUUGGGUUCGGUUUGGAUCUGACUGAACUUCGAAAUGUUCUUGAAUAUGGUCUCAGUGACAAUGGAUGGGCAGAAGUGAGUGAAUGACAGUGGCUGGUGGGGUGGCAGCGGUUGGCACUAGACGACGUGGAUGACACAUUGGAGACGAGAGGAUUGAAGUACAUCACAUAGGAUGGGCACUAGACGACGUUUAUGAAUCAUGUACUAAAAAAAAAAUUAUACUAUUUUGAUUAAUUAUAUCUUGUGAAAAGGUUCUUUUAUUGUUUACUGCCAUUAUGUUGCCGUUCACAUAAGAUGGGAUGCCAUUUUUACAAUUCAAAUCAUCAAAAUUAUUUUAUAAUGAUACCCCUAAAAUCACUCAGAAGAUGUCAUCAUUUUAAAAUAGUCUCUCAAGUACAACAUCUAGACCUUUGAUGAUACGUGAAAUAUACAAUUUUAAACUCUCAUAUUAUGAUAAAAAAAUGUAUUGAUUUCUCAUUUUUAUCGGCAUAAUAUCAUAGAUAUACUAUGUGCAUCCUCAAAGUGUGUGAGGACUGCUUUAUUACAAUGAUAAGCUUUUGCUAACAUUUUUUUUUUUUUUGCAUUUUUAGGUCAAAGUAGGCUAAAAGCCCACUUGGGAGCAUUGAGGGACAUCGAGGCUUGACUAUUGGAGAAAGACAUUGAAAGAAGACGAAGGCCCAAAAUGGCGCCUAAAACACUGACCCAUGAUUCAAAACGACUUCGUGGCUGCCAUUUCAGGAAAUUUGCCAAACUUCGUCGAGAAGGCGUCCAGAAUUUAUCAUGAACUAGUAGCUGCAUGGCGGGCCCUUCUGAUUGGCUGGAUGAAAGGUCAAGGUUGGGUUUCUCCCCUUACAAACCCUAAUCCAAGACUUAUAAAUAGGUCUCUAGGGUAUGGAACUCAGUAGCCAGUGAUAAGAGGCAGUUAGAGGUUCAUUACACUGCCGACAGGGUAAUUCUCCUAACUUAAAGAGACAUAGGUAUGAACGAAGAAAUGGAGGCAAAAUUGGCAGCCUAAGCCCUGAUUUCUCUUUUCUGGCUGUCGUUUCUAGUGAUGUUCUGGGGACUUCAUUUCAAUUCGAUGAAUCCCCAUAAACUGGUCCCUGCGGCUAGCUAGUUCCCUUAGCGAAUCCUAGAGAUUCUAGACAUGUGAAACUCGAUGUUUGGUAUUCAAUUUCCUAUUUUUAUAUAACUACAAAAUAGACCGAUGAAUGAUAUUCCAAGCUUGCCGACUCAUGAUUUAUACCACGGAGAAUCCUAUUCCCGCUUAGACUCCCUAUCGAGUUAUCCAAACUCACUUAGAACGAACUAUCCGCAGGGAGAGUUUCCACAUCCGGAAAAAUAAAACAUCUAGGGAGUGUCAAAUAGAUUCACUCAUGGAUGAUCCUAUAUGCCAUUGUAGUAAACAUUAGUUGGGUAGGUGAAUCACAAAGGUGGGUCUAGGAUAGGGUGCAUAACUCGUGGUGCAUAACUAAAGGUCUUUUAUUUUCACUAAUUUUAUUAAUCGGCUCUUAUCUUCUUCGUUCUAACUUGGAUUUCAAUUUCUUUUUCACAUAUGGAACGAGUUCAUUGUGAUCUUCAAAAUGAGAUCCAUUUUUAAUAUUUUUCUUAGAAAAAUUUCAUACAUCUCGUUGCCAACUCCAUACCAUAUGGUAUCACCUUCAUUUUAAGUCAUUUUCUGAAAAUAUUUGCACAUAAGGAAAGAGUUUAUCAUGAUCUAUUGGAUCUACAAAUUUUCGGCGGGAAAUACAAGACCAAAAAAUACCACCCCAUAUCAUCCUGAUAUACGAGUGGUAUCUUGUGGUACACAAUGUUGAAAGUCAUAAAUGAAAGUUAGUAUAUUUCUAUUAUCAUGUAUUCAACCAUUGUACCGUCUGGUAUGUUCUUCCACCAUGGUACACUUUCAUACCAUUUAAUAUGAUCGUAAUAAAUGUCUCAAUUAUUUUUUGUUCCCAAAACUAUAUUAAAGUGGAUAUCGUUUUGGAAAGUACAACUAAUAUGAUUUAUCUAUGCAAAAAAAUAUAUAAAUUCCGACUUAAAACGCGAGAAAAACCAUCCAUUAAAAAUUAAAGGGGAAAAGGCUAGAGACAUUUCAUAAAUCUGAUGUGACGGUUGAUGGACAGGUUAUUCACGAUUACUAACCACAAGACGAUGGACAUAAUCUGAAUCCACACAAAGGUGGAAGAAAGGGUAACAAUUGAAUGUACAUACACUUAUAUCAUUUGUUUAUCCAUUUCUAUUUUUUCCCCCCUGCAACUCCUAACUAUGCAGAGUCAUAAUAAUCAUAGUGAUAAUCAUAAUCACACAGCUCUUAAAGAAUCCAUAAGAAUAAUUCAUAAAACAAUCCAUAAGAAUAGAAGUAAUUCAGGGUAUAUUUCCUUAAGCAUGGAAGACCAUUUUCAAGAUAUAUGUAGCAAGUUUCUCUCUUCGUUUUUCCCCCCUUCUUCAUGAAAUUAGAGUACAACAAAAAAAAUAUACUAAACCCGUUUGUCGGUCUAAACCCGUUUGUCCAAGCUGUACUAUCUGUGAAAUUAUUGAAAUUAAGAAUGAGUAAUCUGUAAUAAAUUUAUUUUGAGGGAUGAAUCUGGAAAAUGAAUCAACCAAAAUGCCAAAUCAUGAGGAGUUGACUCUGACAUUUAUUUCUGGACUGCAUAUUCUUUGUGUAGCCAAAGACUAAUUAUUGCAACUAAUCCCCGACUUAUUGUUGAGACCUCACCAACCAAACUUUACUUGGGAGUUCUUUUUCCAUCCUUUUUAACGUCGAUGUACCAACGUGUUUCCGAUCCUACUUAAAUAUAAAAGCAUCAAGAAAAAAUUUAAAUAACACGCAAGAUUACAAAAGUUGAAUCUCAAUGAAAACUGGGUUUUAAG